AUGACCUACUUGAGAGUAAUAGUGAAGAAUGCUGAUCAGGAUCUGUCAGAGAAGUUGGAUGAGGAGGGCUGGAGAGCGGACUUUAUACCCGUCAACACGGUCAACUGCAGCGAGGAGGCAAACAUGCAAUGCAUGCAUUCCAGCCGUGCCUUAGGGAUACGAGAGUCUCCGAAGGAUAAAGACAUGGAUAUGAGGGAUAUUCAACAGUCCCUGGCAUGGGCCUGGACUUUCAUGGACGACAAGGAUGCAUCAAUGGUGGUCAAUGGCGGUUAUAACCGGAAUGCUCCUAUUCUUAGACCUUAG